AUGUCAGUAAUUAAACAUGCAAUCAUCACAGAACUGUUAGCGGGUUAUUCCAUCUUUCGUCGAGAUAGACUGGGAAGAACGGGAGGAGGCGUUUUAGUUGCAGUAAAAGAGACUAUUCACACAAAACGUUGCUACGAUGUUGAAAGAAAUAAUGUUGAAUUUGUCAUAGUAGAACUUUUCCAAGAGAAUAUGAAAUCAAUCUUACUUUACACUUUCUAUCGUCCUCCAAAUUCUUUGUUGGAUUCCAUACAACAACUAAAUUCAUCACUUGACGACAAUCUUGAGUCCGCCUGCAUUCUUCUUACUGGGGAUUUCAACCUUCCUGCGAUCGACUGGUCUCUGGAUCAUCCAAGCCCAACCAGCACUGGAGGUCAUUUGGAAGACAAGUUCUUUGAUUACGAGUGUGGAAAUUUCGAACAGCUAUGGAAUGCGUUGACAAAUACAACUUUCGAAGAUAUGCCAUCAGGAAAUAUUGACCAUCAUUGGAAUUGUUGGAAAGAAUGGUUUCUCAUGCAUGUGAAAAAUUAUAUUCCUAUGAAAGUUGUGACAGACACAAACUCGCCACCCUGGAUCGACGGAGAGAUUAGACUUUUGUUGCCAAAGAAGUAUGCUGCAUUAAAAAGAUUUCAACAGUCACAAACAAAUGCUCGAAAACAAAAACUGCGAACUCUAUCUCAAUCUGUCAAAUACCUAGUCAGACAAAAACAUUGUGAUUAUCUUGAAAAAGUUAAAGAUUCCUUUGCUGAAAAUCCAAAGCUGUUUUGGAGAUACCACAAGUCAGUGCAUCAUCAUCGGGUGAGCAAUGGACCUGAAAUAGUUUAUAACGGUGAAACGGCAAAGACUGCAGCCCAUAAAGCAGAACUUUUCAAUAUGUACUUCUGUGUGUUUACAUCUCCUCAAUCAAGUACCAACCUAGAGGCUGUCACCCGUUUACAUCCAUUAAGAACUGAACUGCAACGUUCGGACAUAGUAAUCAGUGUAGACGAAGUUACCGAUUAUUUGGAUACGUCGAAGGCAAGCGGUCCCAAUGGUAUACCAUCCCGGCCUCUAAACGAAUUUGCUGGACAAAUAGCGCCAAGUCUAUGCAAUAUCUUCAACCACUCACUGCAAUCUGGUUAA